AUGAAGAUCUGGACCGCCAGGAUCCCGAUUCGGAUCCUAGUCCUGGUCCUGAUCCCGAUCCUGGGCCUGCUGAUUGGCGGAGGUUUUUGGCUGCUUCACACCAUGAGGAUCCAACUGAGACAGACCCCGCAGGGCACCCCUGGCCCCAGGCCCGGCUCGGUGGAGCUGCCUGACGGGACCUUCACCUUCCGCUUGGAUUACGCCGCCUUCCGGGCCGAGUUCCCCCAGCUGCAGCGCUACCGGUGCCGGGAGCUGAUCCCAGGGGACGGGGUUUGCACCGGGCCCCCGGGGCCGCCCCUGCUGCUCCUGGCCGUGAAAUCCCACCCAGCGUCCAGCGCCAGACGGGCCACUGCCCGCCGCACGUGGGCCCGGCCCGGAAUCCUGGGGGGCUACCGGGUCCGACCCGUCUUCCUCGUGGGAGUGUCCCCCGACCCCCGGGACAUGGCCCUGCUGGAGUGGGAGAGCCAGGAGUUUGGGGACGUGGUGCUGUGGGAUUUCGCCGAGAGCCACCAAAACCUGUCGCUCAAGGAGCGCUGCUUCCUGCGCUGGGUGGGGGCGCACUGCGGGCAGGCGGAUUUCAUCUUCAAAGGGGAUGAUGACGAGUUUGUGAACCCCCCCGCAUUGGUGACCUACCUGGGCCAGACGCCCAACGCCUCCCACAUCAUCCACGGCAACAUCCAGCGCCAUGCAGUCGUGAUGAGAGGGGGGAAAUAUCGCGUCUCCUCUGCCCUGUUCCCCCAGGACAAAUACCCCUUCUUCCCCUCCGGGGGCGGGUUCCUCAUGCCCAGGGCCAGCGUCCCAGCCCUGGCCGCGGCCUCCGAGCGCAUCCCCGUCUUCCCGCUGGACGACGUCUACUUCGGCUUCCUGGUGCUGGCCGCCGGGCUGCGGUACCGGCACGAUGAGCGAUUCCGGGUCUUUGGCAUGAAGGACGAGCUGUGUCUGUACGGGGAGGCCAUGUUGGUGCACGGGGUGUCGCUGGACAGGAUGGAGGAGGUGUGGAAGGGGUUGUACGAGGAGCGACGGUGCAACGUGACGGGGCCUCUGCCUUCUUAG